UCCGCUUCCGGCGCCCCCAUCUACAGUCAUGGCUGCCGCCGCCGCCGCCGGGCCUGGGGCGCCCCUGUCCCCAGACGAGUUGAUCCCCAAAGGCGAUGCCGAGAAGACUGAGGAGGAGCUGGAAGAAGACGACGACGAGGAGCUCGACGAGACCCUGUCGGAGAGACUGUGGGGGCUGACGGAGAUGUUCCCCGAGAAGGUCCGGUCCGCGGCCGGCGCCACCUUCGAUCUCUCCGUUUUUGUGGCUCAAAAAAUGUACAGGUUUUCCCGGGCAGCCCUGUGGAUCGGGACCACUUCCUUCAUGAUUCUUGUCCUUCCUGUUGUAUUUGAGACGGAGAAGUUGCAAAUGGAGCAGCAACAGCAGCUGCAACAGCGGCAGAUACUUCUAGGGCCUAACACAGGGCUGUCAGGAGGAAUGCCAGGGGCUCUGCCUUCACUUCCUGGAAAGAUCUAGUUCGUCACAGCUGAUUUUGACCUGUCGUGGUGGGAGAAGUUUGAAGUCAAGUGUUUGAACUGAUUUCUUUGGAUUUUUUUUUUUUUUAAUGUCACACGUUGAGCUAUCUAAAUGUAGUGGGGAGACUUGUCCCCAUGUUGUCUCCUGGAGAGACUCCCAGCCUGCGAGUGUGCCCUCCCCACUGUCCUGACAUAAUUCUGUCCUCACUCUGACACCAGAGUGCAGUGAUGCAGACGGUUACUCCAGUUCUGAUCACCCCGCCCUUCUCUAAAUUACUCUUCACGGGAAGUUCUCGCUCUCCCAUUGUGGGGUAGACUGAUGCCAUUGGGGUGUGCCCCACCACUAAUGGCUGUUUUGUUUUUAAAAGUGGGGGUGUUGUGGAAGGACAUGCACGCCACUUGAAAUACAAAAAGGCACUACAGCUUAGUACAAAGCAGCCACUGUGAAUUCUUUGUAUUUGGGAAGGAGGGAGAACCAGCAAACGGCUCCAGCCACGAGACGGGGGGUGGUGGGGGGCCGGAGCGGAGCAGACAGUUACUCCAGUUUCCUCUGCGUGUUUUGGCAGUCAGACGUGGGUGUGUGCCUAGGAGAAUCAGUGCUCACUUUUUGUAUUUAAAUAUUAAAAAUGAUUCCAGCUGAAAGUAUUGGCCUUGUGCUUU